GUUUCGGAUUCUGUUUCAAUUGCGUGCGACGACUUCCGCGGAAAGUUCUCCCCAAGUGCCAGAAGAAGUGCAGCGUCUCGGUGCGAAAUCCGUAAUUCCGUUCUCCCUCGUGCGCGGCGCAAGAAACUGAAGCCCGUUUCGCGGUUCGCGGUAGAGUGGUGUGUGGCGGGGGGAAGAUCCCGUGUUUGGUUUUUCGUUUUUCGUUGGCCCCGCAAAGGAAAGCAGGCGAGGUUUACAAGCGAUUGCAAGACAACAGUCCUCGGUGCGUUUUGAACCCCACGCAAGGCGGCUGCUGCACCAUCUGGUGUGUUUGAGCGUGCGCGCAAGCGUGUGUGUGUGCGAGUGAGUGUGUGUCCGGGAGGUCGGUCGGUCGGUCGGUCGGCUCGGCCGGUGAAGGAUGCGGCGACGCUUGAGACGGUUCUCCAGUCAACCAACGCGCAGCGAUCGCGCAGCACAAGACGGCGCAGAUCGGUUAAGCCGCCAGCAGCACUAGUGGAGCAGUGAGUGCAUCUCGAGCUGUGUUCUGUGAGUGUGUGCGAGGGCAUAAGUAGAAAGUAGAAGCAGACCACCACCCGCGUGGUUUUUUCUCUCUUACGCCAGCCAGAAGUAGUGCAAACGACACACGACCCCCAGCAAAAAAGCGAUUCCCAAGCGUGAAAGAGGAAGAAGGAAGUGCCGAAGUGUCCAUUUUUUGUGUGCGGUGCGAAGGAAGCCAAGUGCUUGCGAGUGUCGAAAGAAGCGAAAGAAGAAGGAAGAGAGCGAGCAAGAGCAAAAAAAAGUGUAUCCUUGACCGAGUAGGCUGUGCAGUGCGGUUUGGUGCAGCAGCUGCAUCGUUCGUUCGUUCGUUCGUGAAGAUCGUUCAAAGCGGAUCGCGCGCGCGCACGCUUGCCCGUGUGUGUAUUUGAAGAUCCUUCGGUCGAAGGAGCGGAGUGAGGAACAGCGCGUUUUAUUUCCUUUGGUUUUUCGUUGUUCCUGAUCGCUGGGUUUUCACCGAGAAGAAGCAGCAAACUGGCUUCGUCAGUAACGACAUCACCACACCGAACAGAAACCAACAACGCGAGCAGACGACAGCAAAAUGAUGGGCACAGCAGGCCGAGGAGGAGAAGUAGGUGCCUGCAGUAAUGGCUGCAGCAGCAGCAAUAGCAGUAACCCUAGCAACCGGUGGACAGCAAGGAUAUUCGGCCUGUUGCUGUUGUUCCUGCAGCUGGAAGUGGUGCAGGUGCACUCACAGAUCACGAGCACCGGUGGUGGUGGUGGUGGAGCCACAGCAGGCGAUUCCCAUUACAUUGUCACCAAGCAACAGCAGAAGCACCAGCAACAGGAUGUGGUAUCGAUGGGAACCGGUGGCAGUACAUCGGACACAUCAUCGGACGCAUCCCCUAUACCCGAUCCUAGUGCCAUGAUGAUGGAUGGGGGCGGUGGCGGUGGCGGAAUCGGUGGUCUCGGGUUCGACGAGGACCUCGCCUCCCUAUACCCCGCCGGCAUUCCGAUACUGAGCGAAGAGGCGGCCACCAGCCUGCUGCUGUUUCAGCCCCGGAUGCUAAACUUUGCCGAUCGAUCGAUCGGCGAUCCGCACAACCAGCAGGUGAUGCUGUUCAAUCGGCACAAAAACCGGAGCAUCUACCUAGGCUUGAUCUCGGGCAGUGCGGCCGAGUUCUCGAGCUCGUACUUCAAGGAGCAGGUCAUCCCGCCCGGUGGCAACACGAGCUUCAACGUGGUCUUCUUGCCCCGGAAGCUGGGACCGGCCGAGGGAUCGCUACUCAUACACACCUCCUUCGGGAUGGUCCGGUAUCAGGUGCAGGGUGAAGGCAUCGAGUGUCCGUACCGGUUGCGACCGCUGGUUGGGCUACAGGCACCACUGAACGCGACCCUCUCGCCGGAGAUCACGCUCUACAACCCACACGAUACGCCGCUACAGAUCGUGGAGAUCUACAGCAGUGGCGGUAACUUUCAGCUCGAGCUACCGAGCGGUGCCCAGGAGGGACCGCAGGCACUGUGGGAGAUCCCACCACACAGUACGCGCACGGUCAUACGGGUGCGGUUCCAUGCACGAGCCCCCGGCCAACACAUCGCGUACGUGCGCAUCAAGAUCUCGGGCGGGGACGCGGAACCGUCGCUCAUCGAGAAGAUGCUGGUGGUACCGAUCGAGGUGGAGAUCUUCAAGGAGACGGGACUGUACUCGCGUAUUCCAUUCCUGGAACUAGGCGUUACGUCGGCCGCCGGAUCGGCAGCAUUGGCUGCGGCUUCGGCCGUGGCUGCACCAAUCGCACUUCGAACCGAACACGACGACGCAUUCCCAUCGUCAGAGGCUGGCGGGGACCGGGGAGUGACGGUCGGUAGUAGCCGGAAUACCACCUGGCUCAGUCUCGAUCUGCUCAACUCCGGCAGCCAGCCGGUCAAGGUGAAAAGCUGGGGCGUACAGGCGGACGACAUCGAAUCGGUGCUCUGCAUGCACGUCCUGGUGGCGGAAGAGCGCACACUACACGUCGAGUUCGAUUGGUCCAAGCUGUCGAGUGAUCGACGGCACAUCAGUGGACGCAUACUGCUUAACCUCGAGCGCAUUGCGACGCCAAGCGACGAUGGUCAAGAAGAGGAACAACGGCCAGAGAAUACCGUACAGCAAGAGCAGACUGUAAGACAAUCCGAAUCGCAUGCCGCCUGGCAUGACGUUGUUGGCAAACUGUCCAUCUUUGCCGGUGGAGAGUUGCUUGGGGGGAGAAAGGACAACGGAAAGGAGAAUCUUGAUCCAGAAGCAAUAAGCGGCGCGACGGCAGCAUCUGCUAUGCCAGCCGUACCAGCUGAAGCGUCGGUUCCGGUGCUGAGCGUUUACGCGAUCCCUUUCGCCGGCGAGGUACUCAAGGGCAGCAUCCAAUACAAUGAGGAGGUUCUCCGGUUUCUCCUGCCGGUGCGCGAUGGCGAUGAGCACCCGGACGGUGCCCGGCGACCGCUCGUGAUCCGGAACCAAUUCCACGUGCCAUUGUCCAUCACGAACAUCAGCGUACCGGAGAACUGUUCGCGGUAUUUUACGAUCGAGGACUUCCGGCCGCUCGUACUGCAGCCGAACGAUGAGCGGACGAUGCUGAGCAUCUCGCGGAAGCUGGUCGCCGAUGGUGGCCACCGGUGGCCGGCCAGUACGAUCUCAACCUACAUUCGGCUAACGACCAACAUCACCGACUACGAGCUGCCGGUACUGGGGUACCGGGGUAAGCUGCAGCGCAUCCUAUCCCCGGCAGUGCGGGACGCCUCACUGCUUACCGGUCUGCCGGCGAUCACGAAGCAUGCGCACGAAGGAUCCGAGGAGGAAGAGGAACAGGAACAAGAGGUUGAGCUCGAUUUCGGUGUCCUACCGAUUGCAACGAUCGGUGAGGCACUGGUGGCGUUCGUCAAUCCCAACCCUGUCCCCAUCCCGAUCAUUCACUGGAAGGGUGCGAUCACGUCGGAGGCGGCCGUCGGUGCACCGACGAUCACGGUUAUACUGCGCGGUUGCGGUGCGCUCCGGCUGGACGAGCUCGUCUUCUGCCACACGGUACAGCCAGGCGAAUGGAUCGUGUACCAGAUCAGCGUCCAGAGUGGUACGAUCGACAGCUACCAGGGCCGGUUUACGGUGAAAACGGACUACGAGGAGAUCGUUACGCCGCUUCGCUUUACGACCGCCGUCGGCGAGCUGCAUCUCGACCGGGAGCGGCUUCGGUUCACCGAUUGCUUUCCGGGUAAAGUAUGUUCCUUGCCGCUGGUGGCUGCCUCCACGUUCCCGUCGAAGAUCCACAUCGAAGGCAUCCGUACGGAGGUGGCAGGCUUGAGCUGGGAGUUCCUGUCACCGGACAAGCAGCGACCGCUGCCACCGAGCCAACCAGUAGUCCUCUACCCGGAAUCAAUGGCCACGAUCGGUCGGUUGCUGCUCGAUCCGAAGCAUCAUUGCGGAACGGAGUGCUACAGUAGCUUCGAUCUGCUCUCGAAACCGUUCGGUGUGAAGUGGAUGGCGACGCUGGAUAGCUACGCGGAGUACCGGCAGCUCGAUAGCGAUAAGCUGCUCCAGCAGCUGCAACGAUACGCGGAGAUGCGCCAGCAGCUAACGAGCGUCCACUUUCAGAUGUUGGCCGAAUCGAACCGACGGUUUGAUUUUAACGCCAGCAUCGAACUGUCCUGGCCGAAGCUGCUGGACGAGAACGUUUUCUUUCCAACGCUGCAGGUCGAGCAGGAAGCGGUCAAGCUAAUUACGAUCAACAACCCGUCCGAUCAGAUCCUGUUCGUGCAUUUGGUGCUGCAUGAUGUGACAGUUCAUGGGGCAGCACCGGAGCUGGAGGGUGCCGUGCCGCUACCAUCCGAGGUGCUGACCGCUUGCAGUAACUGUACCUUAAGCCCCGAGAACGUAUUUUCCUUCUUCCUGUUCGACAGUGACGACAUCUAUGUAAACUACGUGAAACCUCAAUCGUUUCUGCGGAUCGCGGUCAAGUUUACGGCCCGCCAACCGGGUACCUACUCGACCGUGCUAUAUAUGCGCAACAACCUGACGCUGAUCGAUGCCGCCUGGAUACAGGCGCGGGCCGUGGUGCCGCAGUUCAAGUUCGGCAAUCGGCGACCCGGCUCCCCGACCGCACUACAGUUCGAGCUGACCGAGAAACAUUUGCGGCAUUGCGGCGAUGCGUACUAUGAGCUGUUGCGGGCCGAUCGAGCAGCAACGGUUGAUGGGGCAGGAGCAAGGGACGGUAGCAGUAGCAGCAGCGAGACUGGCAGUGCUAGUUGCGGCGGAACAGCAGACGGCAGCAGCAAACCAACCACCACGGACCACCGUCCGGCUCGGGAGGCUAGUAGUGAGCUUGAGCCGGGCGUGGAAACUCGAAGAACGUUUACGGCGCGCAACUACGGCGAGGUGCCGAUCGUGAUAUCCGGUAUCCGGAUCGAGGAGGCACUCUGCGAAGGUUACGGCUUCAAGGUGCUGGACUGUGCCCCGUUCGAGCUGGCCCCGAACGCAACCCGCAAGAUCGAGAUUGCGUUCGCCC